CACCAUAAAAUUUUCUAAACGUGUACUGCGUUCUCUCUCCGCUCUCCCAUCCCAUCAAUUCAUAGCUGUGCCUCACUGCCUCCGUCGUUCUCUUCUCUCACGUUAACCCCUCUCUUAAAGGGAGUGUCUCACGCCCAAUCCUCCAUCUCACGCGCUACCAACCACCCAAUGGCCUCCCCACCGACGCUCCCUAUGUCGAACCCCUCGCAAUCAUCCCCGUCCCCAAUUGCCACACCUGCCUUUAGCGCCUUCCUCUCACGGCUCUCGUCCUCCAUCCGCCACGGGUUAUCCCACCGACGCCCUUGGUCCGAGCUUGUCGACCGGAGCUCCAUGGCUCGACCCGAUUCACUCCCCGAGGCAUACUCUCGGAUCCGCAAGAACCUUUCCUACUUCCGCGUCAACUACUUAACCCUCCUCGCCCUCGUCCUCGCCCUUUCCCUGCUUUCCCACCCUUUCUCCCUCGCCGUUCUCCUCUCCCUCUUCGGGGCCUGGGCUUUCCUCUACGUCUUCCGACAAUCCGAUCAGCCUUUGAUCGUUCUCGGCCGGACCUUCUCCGACCGGGAAACCCUUCUCGGCCUGUCCCUUUUGACAGUCAUCGUGGUCUUCCUCACCAGCGUCGGAUCGCUUCUCAUCUCGGCUUUGAUGAUCGGCUUCGCCAUCGUUUGCGCACACGGUGCGUUUAGGGUUCCCGAUGAUCUCUUCCUCGAUGACCAGGAGCCUGCCAAUUCCGGAUUCCUCUCCUUCCUCGGCGGCGCCGCUGCGUCCGCUCCAGCAGUUACCUCCCGCGUAUGAACCAGAUCUUGACCUCGCUAGCCACGUGUAAGUUUGGUAGCUGUGAAAUUGACCAUCUUGUGUUUGUAGUUGUAGUGAGGAGCUCAAAAGGUUCAUUUGCUUAGGAAAUCCGAGGCAAAUGUUAGGGUUUUUGAUGUUUCUUUUUCUUGACCGAUCUUUUAUACAGAGUGGAAUUGAAUUGAACUAUUUGUAGAUCUCAUUUUUCUAGACUUGGAUGGGGGAAGAAACAUUAUUAUGGCCUCAACUUUUCAAAAGAAAAACAAAUUCUAGACUUGAAUGGGUUACUAGUUCAGAGUAGUUCAUAGUAGUUCUAGUACUUUUGGUUUUUAAAUGAAUGCAGUUUUAUCAGUUGUACAAUGUUCAUGUUGUAUUUUUUAUUGAACAUAUAAUAUUAUCGUUGUUUGAAAGUUAAGGGAAAAGAUAGUAACUCCGUGGCCUUAAAAUGAUGCUCCUGUACCGACCUAAAACAAGAGGCCCGGCUUGUUCUUAUGAUGGAUUUAUAAGGAUUGAUUAAGCAGUAGUUUACUGCAAAUUAUCUCCGUGGAGUUUGCAAGGUCCUGCAUGGUAGGGAAAUAAAUGAGGGAGGUGACAGUUUGGGUCAGCACCUGAACGGCUUAACCCCCAGUAUGGGUGCUGUUGUAAUUGUGCUCCCUAUCAGAUAUAGGAUUCAUCCUCUUAUGUUCCUGCAGCGUACGCUCAAACACUGCAGAAAUUUGAAGGGGUUGGUGGGGAUUGACUCUUGCAUAAUUCAAGCCAUUUCUGCGCAUGUUUGUCAAUACUUUCGAGUUAUUAUUAUUGGAUUUGAUUCAUACUGUGUUUAAAACGGAUUCAUGCUUGCCAGAUAUUAUUGUUAAAAACUUUGGCUUCUCGUUGUUUUUAAUCUACCUGACAGUUUAGAAAGAGAAAGAUGUUAACGUUUCUGAGGGCACCGUGUUCUUCUCUUCUGCCCUCCCAAUUUCCUAUAAUAAGGAUGUUACCACAUAAUUUUUCUUAGAAAGAUUGUGUGACGAGCAUGUUUUGGCCACAUAUCGGAACAGGUUUUGUAUCAUCGAUCUAUGUUUAGUAGAUACGUUACAUUUCUGAAUUUUUUAAACGUGUCAAUCCUAAUUUCAUUUGGUUUUUAGCAUAAGAAAUCUGUGCUCGAUGGAAACCAGACUACCUGCUGUCCCCAGAUGAUACUCUGCUAGUGCUAGAAUCAAGCUUAUCUUGCAUGGCUGUGCAUAAGCCUUUUUUUUAUGGUGCUAUUCUGGAACUCGAGUUUAUGUAUGAUCUUUUUGCAAUUCAAGAUUGCCGCUGGGUUUUGCAAAUUUGAUGCCAAGGAUCCGGCUGCAAGAAUUUUGUCCAGGCUCUUCGUUACUGUUAGCAACAUGAUAUGCUCAGGCCUAUAUUGAUAUGGAUCGUACUUGUUUUUGCAAUCGAAGCUAAGAUGAGCCCUUUCCCGCCUCUUUUUGAGCUCGUACGGAUGAGUUGACCGCGCAGCUUUUACUUGCAACAAAAUUGAGAACCCUAAGCAUGAUUUUUUUGGCCUUUAAGCUGUUCUAUUAUUAAUAUUCUCUCUCGCUUGUGUUUAUAUGAAGCAACAAAAGAGUGGUAUUGGUGGU